UAACUGAACCGCGUGUUAUUCAUAGUUUAGUGCAGAUUUGCCAGUAUGUUAUGUGAUUACAGUUUAAUUUGUUAGUAAUUAGUAGUAUUUUUUGUAGUUGUAAACAUCAAUUAACAGCUGUUCACAUAGCAAAUUAGUCAGGUGGUUUUGAUAGAGUUUUGUUUUAUCAAUUUGGUCGUCUUCUUUGAAAUUUUUUCCACUGUUUGAAGUUGGAGGGAGUAUAAAGUGAAUAUCAUUUUUGAUAGUAGACUAUUGUGAAUUAGGUUUAAAGUUGAUGUAGAUUCAAAAUAGUGUGAUAUUUGGUAGAUUUAAAUCUAAAAUUUUGAAUAUUGUAGGCCUAGUUUGUGAAAAAUUGAAGUGAUAGUAAAAAGUUGAAGUGACAUAUUAUUGGAGGAGAGUUUAUGGUGUUGUACAUGACAUGGAGGUGUAGUGUGAGUGAGAGAGACCCGGUGACCAAGAUGGUUAGCAAAGGGGUGUACCCCACCCCAUCGUCGGCCUCCUCCUCCAACUCUUCUUCGUCCUCGUCGUCAGCCGGUGGCUACACCAUAAUGGAGCCGGACCCUCCGCUCAGCAUCAAGGAGGUGGACGCCAUGAAGGAAUACGCCUCCUCGCUCGAGGACCUCACCAUGAACAGCAAGCCGCUCAUCAAUAUGCUCACUAUGCUCGCCGAGGAGAACCGCGAGCAGGCUCGAGCCAUUGUGCUCGCCAUCGAACAUCAUUUGCGCAAGGUGCCCGCAGACGUGAAACUGCCUGUCUUGUAUUUGAUCGACUCCAUUUACAAAAACGUUGGAAGUCCCUACAACACGCUCUUCAACCAAAAUAUCGUUCAGAUGUUUUGCGGCGUUUUUGAAAAGGGAGAUGAGAAAACUAGAAUGCAGCUAUUCAAACUGCGCACCACUUGGAACCAGAUGCUGCCGCCUCCCAAGCUGUAUGCCCUCGAUGUGCAUGUGAACAACUUUGACCCAGCCUGGCCCGUGCAACAGCUCUCCACCAUUCACGUCAAUCCAAAGUUCCUGCACACACAGGGUGGUACUGCUACCACCACAGCUGCAGGCAGCACAGUUACCCCCACCACGACCACGGCCAGUCCGUACCCCGCCGCCACGCAGCCAACCACCACAGACGCCCCCCCGCCCGCCGCCGCCGCCGCUAAGCCGGACGCCGAACAGGCGGCCAUUUUGCGCGAGAAUCUGCGAAAAAAGCAGAAAAAGUUGCUCGAAUUGCGCCAGAAAAAGUUGGAACUUGAGCUGCUGCAGACCAAGGAAAAGUUGCGAGAACAGGAGCUGUUGCAACAGCAGCAGGCUAACGAUAAAACAAAGCAACGCCGAAGUUCGAAGCACAGUGGGACUUUGUCGUCGAGUGGGACUUCAUCGUCCAGCUUGUCGUCCACGGGGACUUCGUCGAGUGUGACUUCAUCCUCCAGUGGGACUUUGAUCUCCAGUAAGACUUGCAGCAUCAAUGCGGCAGAGCUGGAGAAGCAGAGGACCAGACUGUCGCAACAGUUGAAACAGGAGCUGAAAGCUAUCAAAACGUCCGUCUCUCAGUCGUCCGCUUCAAUCGCUAAUCUCGUUACCGCUAAGGUGACACCAACCACCGUAGAGACAAGCACUGUUCCCACACCCCCCAGCACAACAUCAGCUGUCACCAAACCCCAGCCAGCCGCUAUGCCAGCUACUGUAACGCCAGCUGUGAUGCGAAUCGCUCCAGUCAGCAGUCAGCUGAUUUCGGCAGCUGUUAAGCGCGGAGCAACGCGCGAUCCUCGUCUGAUGCGAGCUGCGCAAGCUGAAUCAGCUGUGAAACAACAACCGCCAGCUGUGACGGCAUCUAAAGCGGCAACCAGUGUUGUGACGUCAUCUAAAACAUCUAAUGUGACGACUUCAUCUAAAAUGACAACGUCUAGUGUCGUGACGUCACCUCCAACUAAACCAACGGUGUUAUCUCCGUUGAAAAACGCCGCCUCAGUGACGUCAUCAAAGUCGGGCAGUAAGUCACCCUCGAAGGGUGUUAGUGUGACGUCGUCAAGUGUGCCAAAAUCUGGUGCGGUGACGUCAUCAAGUAGUGUGACGUCAUCGUCGAAACAAAGUUCUGAAUCGGGUGACGAGAUUCCGGCAGCGAAAAAGUCACGGACUAGUGGUGGGGGAACAACAGCUGAUAAAUCGUCGUCAAGGUCAAAGUCGUCCUCAAGGUCGUCGGAAUCAGCUGGUGGCAAGCAUCAUCAUCAUCAUAGUCAUCACCAUGAGAAGCAUCAAAAGCCGGAAAUUGCGGCCCCAGCAGCUAAAAUGAUCGAUACGGUUACAGAAAAAGACACUUUAGAUUUAGUUAAGAAGGAGGAGCCCCGCCCCCGGAGUCCUGCCCCGCCCCCGCCAGCUGUGGACCAAUCACAGGAGUUGGCUCCGCCUCCAGCCGCGCCUCGAAUUGGUCAGUUGCCAGUAGCUCCGCCCCUCGGCCAGGGAAAGCGCCUAUCGGAGGAGAGAGACGUGCCCCCACCUCCCAAGAAGACAAAGGUCAUGAGUACCAAACCUGUGGAUCGAUUCGAUGAACUCUUUGGAGACAGCAACGAAGCCAUCCCACAGACACCACCUCCCCCGUCCAUAACCGAGGCCGAACUGAAGUCAACUCCCGAGCAGACAUCAGCUGACAGCCAAGUGGCGCCACUAACGCCUCUAGCGGCCGACGACGGAACUAACAGAAACAGCGGACGUUGGAGCAAGUACAAGGCUCACAGGCAGACUUCGGUCACCACCGACCCUUAUCCGAAGAGUAACAGCAAAAUGGAGACCAAUAAGGACACUGAUAGGCUGGGGAGACCGUUGUUGUACAAGCAUGGUGGAUUGGCGGCCAAAGACAGACGUAACUCGCUACGCGCGGGCAUUGGAGGAGCUGUUCUGGAGCAUUUGGCCGAACAAGACGACUGUGGAGCAGGAGAGGGGGAUGAUAGUGAGGGAAGUCGCUCCCCCCCUGCUGAGGAUGGGGCAGGCUGCUCAUAUAUCUUGCAACAGGCUGAAGAGCAGUUCAAAAAUGGAACACUGUCCUCCACUCAGUAUAAUCAGAUUUUGAAGGAGAUGAUCUCAAUAAACGAGCUGAAGAAGUUGGAUGAAGCGAGACGGAAGGAGGAGAGAGAAACUCGCCGCUCGCGACGCAAGUACCGCCAUCACCAGAAAAUCAGCCAAUCAGAGGAGAGCACCGCUCAACCCGAUCAGCCAAUCACAGAGCAGAACAAGCUGCCAGUAGCUGAAUCUCUAAACGGUGACAAUAAGACAGAGCACGACAUGGAUAUCAGUGCCGACGAAGACAGUGAAUCCCUAAAAGGACGAGAGGAAGAGAGAAGAGGUGAUAAAGUGGAGGUAAAGGAAGAGACGAAACCCGAUUACGAGCCGCUGCAACCUCCUCCCAUGCCUCCCGCCUUUGUCUCGCGAAGAUCCAGCGAAGAGGAGGAGGGAGAGAGUACGAAGGUGGAGCAAGAGGAGGAAGUGAGAGAGAAGGAGGAGGAAGAUGUGGAAACGAAGAAGGAAUUGAUGCCAACCAAACAGGAUGUGGAUAACCGGUUAGGGUUUGCAGGAAUGGGCUUGGCAGCCCUGUCUCCUCCGCAAGAUGGCGCCGGCAAUUUCCCGCCAGUUAUCAACUCUUCGAAGGACAUUGACCUACGAAUCGGUCUGCCUCAGAGGCCCCUAGUUGGGGCACGCCCCCUGCCUGAAGUUGGCCCCGAAUCGGCGGUGCCAGCUGCUGUGGCUAGGGGCAAGAAAGGCCCCCCUCUGCCACCGUGGGGUCCCGGCGCGCCCCCUGGGGCACCCUGGAUGAUGCAGGCGCCCCUUCCGUGUUGGGGGGGCCCCAUGCCACCCGCUAUUCCCCCCGGUUUGGCCCCCAUACGACCGCCGCCCAUGCCGCCACAAGUUAUGUUCGAACCGGACACAAACACCAGGUUAAUUCGGCCACUACCACGCCCCAUCCCGCCCCCGCAACAGCUGUUAGCCGGCAGUGGCCCCCCUCCAGCUGGCCUCCCUCCAGCUGGCCCCGUGGACCUGCCGUCAGCUGAUCUGAGUGUGCUGGAGGCGAUAGCCGACGACACCAUGAAGUCGAUCGAGAUAGACGGCAUGCCGCGCGACAUUCGCUACUACGGCACAACAGCCGUUGUCUUCCUGGCCUGGGAUGACCCCCGCGAGAUCCUCUUCCAGGCGACCGGGCCCCGCAAGUUGAUCAUCGACGACCGACAAACGGUCACCUUGGAUUUCAAUGCGCCAUUCAAGGAUGUGGUCAUUGGUGGAGAGGUUUAUCCUGUACGCCUAGGAGGCCCCACGCGUGAGCUGUACGUCGGCUCCCAGUUUUACCAGGUGCUAUUCGGCGGCCCCCCAGUGAGCGUCGCCCUAGGCGCCAAUGAUCGCCUGCACAAGUUGCAGCUGGAAGGACCUCCGCCCCAGGUUCGAAUCGGGGUGCGUAGACGUGACCUCUGCCUCGGCCGGAUCACACUGUUUGUGGACGCCCGUCAUCAGUACACCAUCUACUUGGACCCCAAGCCGCAGCGCUUCGAUAUGGACGGGGUGCCGCAUAUUAUUCGGUUUGUCGAGGCGUUGGAGACUACUGUUAUUAACGGGGUGCCUUUCAAGUUUGAAUUUGGCGGGCUGCCGCGACCAAUCCAGUCGCGCGGCAAGAAGCACUACAUUAGGCUGACCAGUCUGCCGCAGGGUGUAGUGCCCGGCUAUGUCAGCAUAUUCGGCAUGGAGGGAGGCCGAAGGGGGGCCACUGUGCCCCCGGGAGGCAGGCCCCUGCCGCAGCGAGCGGGCGGAGUGCCCCCGCAUCUGUUGGGGCCUGAGCAUGCCAACAGUCAGGGCAGCGAGACUAACAUUUCGCCUACGAAUGGAAAUUCGCCACGUGAAGACUUUUUGCAAGACGAUCAUUCUAUGCCGAUGAUGGACCCAGAGGCUGCCUUGAUGGAGCCACCCAAACAGUUCAGGAAACACAUCAGUCCAGCAAAAGCAAACCCUCUGGACGUGUUGAGUACCCUGUUGGCUCCAGCGGCCACCGCUCCAGUCUCUGGAUUCAGUUAUUCGCUGGAGAAGGAGUCGGCAUCAUCGUCCACUUAUCAACCUGCUCUUACCACUGAUCCAAAUGCAAGCAAACCAAAGCCACCGAACCCUAGCGGAGGAAGCAAUCUACUGGGUGACCUGAACAUACAAGAGCUGUUCCAAAAAUUGGUGGCUACCGGCAUAGUGCCAACCAAUCAGAACGCAGCAGAGGCGAGUGGAGGGGGAACAGCGGCGACCAAUCAGAGCACAGCAGCUGGUGGUGGUGGGGGAGCGGCGACCAAUCAGGAGAAGGCAGUGCCGGAUGGUGACCAAUCAGACAACAGUAUGGAUUGCUCGCACAUUGACAUCACACCGUCUACUGACAAAAUGGAGUUUGUCGAUUUCGCCAAGCCUCAUACGCUCAGAGUUCGCCAACCAGCCAUGAUAUCGCAGCUCUACUCGGGCAUCCAGUGCAGCUCGUGUGGAGUGCGGUUUGCGCCUGCGCAGACAAUCAAGUACAGUCAGCAUCUUGACUGGCAUUUCAGGCAGAACAGACGCGAGAGAGACGCCAGUCGAUUGCAGGUGAUGAGUCGCACCUGGUACUAUGACCUCUCCGACUGGACGCAGUUCGAGGAGAUUGAGGAUAUCGAGGAGAGAGCGCUGAGCUGGUUCGACACACACAUCCUGGGCGGGGAGGAUGGAGAGAAGGGUGCGGAUGGUGAGGAGGGCACCGAGGACGCAGCGGAUGUGCCGAGUGCCGCCUGUGAGUCGGGUGCCGUCGACGUCAAGUGCCAGCUGUGCCACGACCGGUUCGACAUCUUCUACAACGAGGAGAAGGAAGAGUGGCACGUGAGGCGGGCCGUCAAGCAGGAGAACGGUUACUAUCAUCCGCUCUGCUGGGACGAUCAUUUGGCAUCACUGAAAACCCCGCCCCCAGAGCUGGAAGAGGUGGAGAAGCAGGAGCCGAUAGACAGCAUCACAAUAGACGAAGACGACUCGGAAGAAGGCGUGAAGAAGGAGAGCGAAGAUGGAGUGAAGAAGGAGGAAGAGGAUGAUGAUGAUGACGUCAUCAUUCAGGAGCCCGAACACAAGAUGGAGAUCAUCGAACUGCUCAAGGAUGAUGAUGAAGAGGAGGAAGAGGAGGAGAGGAGUAGGAUGAAGGAGGAGGGAGACGAGAGUAGCUCGAAACUGUCCAGCGAUAAGAAGGAUAGUGACGACGGCGACUCGAUGAAACCAACCGACUUCCACUCUAUUCUGCGCAACAUUAAGAAGGAGAAGAUGGACGUGGAAGAGGUGGUGGAUGCUGACUCAGCAUCAGGUGAGCAGGAGGUCAUUGACCUGGAUGCCACUGCUAGGAGAGGGGAUGGAGACGGCGAGUUGGAAGGGGAAGCAGAGGAGGAUCUUCUCAUCAACCGACCUCCGCCUGUUGUCGAUACUACUCAAGUCAAGGUGGCCUGCUCCAUAGACGGCAACGUAGAGCUGGACGACAGUGGCGCUGCCAACAUGUUAGCGGCUCCCUCCAAAAUCAAAAUCAACAUUUCCAAGGUGAUAGUGGCCCCCCCGGCUGUGGCCCCCUCACCCCCACGGGUUCCCACGCCGCCCCACCACCCCCCUGUCGUCGUGGUGCCCCCCAUUGUGGAGGACCUCCAGCCCCCACCUCCAGGCGAGGAGCCAGUCUCGCUAAGGCCGCUCAAGCCGCGUCUAAUCGGACACAAGCUGGAAGAUUUGCCACCCGUUACAAAAGGCAACGAACUAUCGGGGUUGUGUUCUAUCAUGUAGUUCGGAUUAACGGGAUUCAUCUAUAUGUAAAACAUUAGAGAAAAUAUCUAUGGUAUAUUUUCUCUAUGGUUAACCUCCUCAUGUAUUUGAGAAGUAGAGUUAAACCCCGAUUAAUCGGACAGUAACUGAUGGGCUCACAGACUCCUAGUAGAGAGACCGAACUAUCGGGAUUGUGUUCCAUCAUGUAGUCCGGAUUAACGGGAUUCAUGUGUAUAAUGUUGUGUAUAUUAACAUGUAGGAAUGAGAUUCUUCAUGUAUUGAGACUGUACAGUUUUAAACCCCGAUUAAUCGGACACAAACUGAUAGGUUGACAGCCUUUUAGUAGGGGGAUCGAUCUAUCGGGGUUGUAUUCCAUCAUCUAGUACGGAUUAACGGGAUUCAUGUAAGUAGAACUCUGGUUCUUUGUGUAUUUGAGGUGGAGUUAUUCGUAAUUCACAGUUAAACCCCGAUUAAUCGGACACAAACUGUAGAUUUACAACCUGUUACAAGGGGAACGAACUAUCGAGGUUGUGUUCUUUCAUAUAGUUUGGAUGACUGGAUCAA